CCUGGUUCUGCAUCUGACGUGUCUAAAACAGUUUUGCUCUGGUGGUGGGAUCGCACUCGUGGGGGAUUUAUCAGCUAUUGGACUAAUAUCUAAAACGUCGUGGCAAGAUGCUAGAUUUCUUCACCAUCUUCAGCAAAGGGGGGAUAGUGUUGUGGUGUUUUCAGGGAGCCGGGGUCACUGAAUCCUUCACCGGCCCUGUCAACGCUCUGAUCCGCUCCGUAAUCCUCCAGGAGCGAAGUGGGAACAAUUCAUACACUCAUGACAAACUGAGGCUGAAAUACAAACUCGACAAUGAGUUUGAGUUGAUUUUUGUGGUGGGUUUUCAAAAUAUCCUGACGCUGACAUAUGUGGACAAGUUCAUAGAUGACGUUCAGCUCCACUUCAGGGAUCGUUAUAAGAAUGAACUGGAGCAAAGGGGAGCCCUGAAGCUAUUAAACAACAACUUUGAAUUUGAGGAAAACUUCAAGAUGCUUCUCAGAGAGGCGGAGGAGAGCAGCAGAGUUAAAGGCCCCACCAACAUGCGGUCCUUUAAGGAGUCUGAGAAAUCCCAAAAAACUGUGAAGUCAAUGAUUGAGACCAAGGGUGGGGAAAAAAUUAAGGAGCAGGGUGGCAAGAAAAAUAAAAAUACCAAAAAGGAGGCUCCUGCAGCUGAGCCUGUCAAAAUGGAUCAAGGCAAGGCCUCAUCCUCUGGGCAGAAGGUGGUCGAGAACGGUAACCAGGGCUUGACUCCUGAGGAGAUCAUGCUGAAGAAGAGAGAGGAAUUCUUUCGCAAGCGCACAGCGGUACCUGUUGAAAAAGCCACUAAGUCCCCAAAGCCUCAGAAGCCUAAGGAGAAACAGAGGCGUGUUUGGGACAUGGGUGGUAGCAGCACCAAGGACCUGGACUACAGCAACAAUGAUGGAGGCAGUUCCCAAAAUGGUGACAAACAUGAGGAAGCACAAAUUGAUCUGGGGAUGCAGCUGAGCUCCAUGAAGGGAGACCUGCUGUCUGUGGAGUGUGAGUCCAGUGAGGAAGAGGAGAUGGAGGAGGAGGAGGAGGAGAGAGUGGUUGUCAGUGAAACAAGCAAGGCAAGCUCUAAAAAAGCUGGCGGUUUUGGGGGCAUGUUUGGGAUGCUGAAGGGCCUGGUGGGCUCCAAGAGCCUGACUCGGGAUGACAUGGAGUCGGUACUGGACAAGAUGAAGGACCACCUCAUCGCAAAGAAUGUAGCAGCCGACAUCGCCUCCCAGCUCUGUGACUCUGUAGCCAAAAAACUGGAAGGCAAAGUCAUGGGCACAUUCACCACUGUGGCCUCAACUGUAAAGCAGGCCCUGCAAGACUCACUGGUGCAGAUCCUGCAGCCCAAGCGCAGGGUGGAUAUUCUGAGAGAUGUCAUGGAGGCGCAGAGCCAGCGGAGGCCUUUUGUCAUCACAUUUUGUGGUGUCAAUGGGGUUGGAAAGUCCACCAACCUGGCCAAGAUCUCUUUUUGGCUGAUAGAGAAUGGUUUCACUGUGCUGAUCGCAGCCUGUGACACGUUCCGUGCUGGAGCAGUGGAGCAGCUCCGCACUCAUCAGCGCCGCCUGAACUCUCUGCAUCCUCCAGAGCAGCACGGGGGGCGUCCGGUAGUCCAGCUCUAUGAGAAGGGCUACGGCAAGGACGCUGCUGGAAUCGCCAUGGAGGCCAUUGCCUAUGCCCGCAACCAGGCCUUUGACGUGGUGCUGGUGGACACUGCUGGGCGUAUGCAGGACAACGCCCCCCUAAUGACAGCCCUGGCCAAACUUAUCGCGGUCAACAUGCCCGACCUGGUACUGUUUGUUGGAGAGGCUCUGGUUGGCAAUGAGGCAGUUGACCAGCUGGUAAAGUUCAAUCAGGCUCUGGCAGACCACUCCAUGUCUGACAAGCCUCGCCUCAUUGAUGGAAUCGUUCUCACUAAGUUUGACACCAUCGAUGACAAGGUUGGUGCUGCCAUCUCGAUGACCUACAUUACAGGCCAGCCCAUUGUGUUUGUGGGCACAGGGCAGACCUACAACGACCUGCGCAGCCUCAACGCCCGCGCCGUGGUCAGCGCCCUGAUGAAGGCCUAAGCGGCUGCAUGUUCUGCUGUUUAUUCAUCAUCGCAACAAAGCCAACAAUGCGUUUUUGCCACGCUGCCGUGAGAUGUCCCAGCCCCACUAACCUGCGUUUCACAUCCUCCUGUCAUUGCCCGCUCUACUUUGCAUCAAACAAAGAACUGGUGUCAUGCACAGGACUUUAUUCUUCUAGUAAAGGACAAGUGCGCACUUUGAAAGACAGAACAUUUUGCAGCAAAGCCAGAGCCUUUGAAUCAUGUCUAAACUUUUGGGCCUACAUUGAAACGUACCUCAGACCAGCCAGAGUUUUGAAACAAAAAGUCCCAUCCCAAUGACAUUUUAGCUGACUAAAUGGACCUAGGCUGUAAAUGUCAUCAGCUUACUGGUUUACACAGUAAAGACUUAAAAAAAAAAAAAAACCUCCCUA